GAAGGAGGAGAAUGCAAACGGCCAGAGACUUGGGUUCGAGGCCAACCUUGGAUGCUGUCUGUGUGGUGUUCUCCCUGUGACCGCGUGGGUUUCCUCCGGGUGCUCCGGUUUCCCCACACAUCCCAAAGACGCGCAGCAUGCGUCAGGUCAAGAAGCCCCUUUGUUGUUUCCUGCUGGUGUCUCUGCCGCUGGGGAUUUUCUUCCUUUGUCUCUGGCCCCUGAAGCCUUACCACGUUGUGGAUGUGAAGUACGGGAUGCCCGCUAUUGCCGAGAACCUUCUGCAACACGGACUCUGGGAGACCUCGGACAAAUAUGCGCACAUUUCCUUCAAGGUGAAGGAGAUCGUUGCUGGGCUGCUUCCAAAGAACGACUGCACUUGUGACAAGGUCGAGCCUGUGCUGAACCUGCCGUUUGCCAGGCAUCUGUUCCAUCAGGUGUCUGUCCACCAGUUCCAGCAGGUCUUCAAAGAGGCCGAGCGGGAGGAACUGAAGAAAAAGAGGGAACAGGAAUAUCAGCAUUUUCUGGAGAGGUCCCAUUCCCCCGCCGACAUGAUGAUCAUCGCGAAAGCCAACAGCCCGCUGGAGUACCCCGUGCAAGGGCUGCAAGUGCGGCCCCUCAAAACCAUUGUGAUACCAGGUUUAAGUUUGCAAGCACCAUCUAGGAAACUGUAUCAGGUCAACGUGACGGCCUCGCUCGGGACCUUUGACGUGGCUGCAGAGGUGGACGAGGUGACGGUGGACGGUGCCGGGCAGAUGCACCUGUCUCUCUCCAGCGCCCAGGUAGACAACCUGAACCGCCAGCUCCAGUUCAUCACCUACACCAACACCAUCUUCAACCCCAACACGGCCGACACGGUGCAGCUCGAGACAGACGGACACCAGGCUUUUUUUGUCAUCAAAAUCCGACAUGCCACCAUCCCAAAACUAUACAGCUCCGGGGACCAGUCAGGAUAUAACAUCAGUGCACUGGUGACGAUCGCCACCAAAACCUUCCUGCGCUACGACAAGCUGAGAGAGCUGAUAUCGAGCAUUAGGAGGUUUUAUCCCACCGUCACCAUUGUAAUCGCGGAUGAUGGCAGCAACCCGCAAAAGAUUGAAGGCCCGUUUGUUGAGCAAUACUUCAUGCCUUUUGGGAAGGGUUGGUUCGCUGGACGCAACCUUGCCAUUUCCCAAGUCACCACCAAGUAUCUCCUCUGGGUUGACGACGAUUUCAUCUUCACUUCAAACACCAAGGUUGAAAAACUCGUGGACAUUUUGGAGAAAACCACCCUGGACCUGGUCGGCGGGGCCGUGCGCGAGAAAACCGGCUUUGUCACCACCUUCCGGCACCAGAUCAGCGUGGAGCGAGGCGGAGAGGAUGGCGACUGCCUGCACACCCGCAUGGGACACUACCACGUCCUGCAGGGGUUCCCCAACUGCGUGGUCACCGACGGCGUGGUCAACUUCUUCCUGGCCCGCACGGACAAAGUGCAACGGGUGGGCUUUGACCCCAGGCUGACCAGGGUGGCGCAUUCAGAGUUUUUCAUCGACGGGCUGGGCAUUCUCCACGUGGGGUCGUGCGACGAUGUCACGGUGGACCACGCCAGCAAGAUCAAACUUCCCUGGAGCAAGGCGGACGAGAACGAGAAGACGUACAAGGAGUUCCGAUACCCCAAGUCAUCGGAGGCGAACAUCCAGCUGAAACACGGGCUUUUUUACUCGAAGAACAGGUUUAAGUGUAUGGUAAAGAACUAGGAACAUGCUGAACAAAGGGACAAAAAAAAAAAACUGUAAUAUCGUGCCCGAUAUCACGAGAGCUUCGGAACUCUUUUCGAAUUGAGCAAAAGGAUUAGGAUUUGGGCCUGAGUGUUUUUUUUUUCAUAACCAUUGCCUCAUGGUGAACAUUAAAAACAAAACGAGCUGGGAACUUCGAAAGUGAAGGCUGCGAUAGGUGGAAUUCUGGAGCCGGGAAGCAAGAAUUAUUUUUCUUUUUUCAGGCGGAUGAAUUUCAAAGUAUUCCUGUUGCGAGUCCAUUUUUGGGCCUGAGCGAACGGUGGCCCUGAGCCAGCGGCCGCCAUGUUCCACCGCGCCAACAACCCCCCUUGGUUGUCACGAAUACGCCGCGUGAGAAUCGACCCGGUUCUUCAGCGAGGAUAAAUUAAAAACCUCUCUCCCCUCACGCAAUAGGCCCGAAGACAGUGGUUCGUUCGUCGUUCAUUGGCAUCUGGUUAAACGCUGAUCCAGCUGCAGUUUGAGCCUGUUCCCAGUGUAAAUCAUUCAUGUUUGGCCGUUUUUAUGAUCGAGGCCUUUUUUUAAUAAGUCCUUAAUAAGUGACUCAAAUGGAGGCAGAUUCCAGUUUCUGCCCAACUAGGACUCGCCCAGUGUAAACAUGGAUCUGAAAAAAGACUUAGAUUGUUGCAAUGGCUGCAUGGUUCGAACGGGCCAAACUUUGAUCACAGACGGUAUAUUGCAUGUCUCCCCCCCCCCCCCCCCCCCCCCCCCCCCCCUCCUCCUUCCCCCCCUCCCCCACGGUGAGAUUUCCCAAGGGGACGUUAGGCCUCGACUCGAAUCGUGGUCACAGAGUUAAGUUUGAAGGACCGUUUUGAACGCUGGAGAGAAUUUUGAACAAAGGGGAGAGAAUCCCAGAACUUUGCACUUCUGUAGUUUAAGAUGGGGGCAUCUGGAAUGGUGUGACGAAUGAUUUAACAGUUGUGCCUAUUUAUUUUUGGAACAUGGAGUGACCUUGCGCGGAAUGCUGAGCUGGUCUAUUUGAGUAAGGCUGGGCUUAAUAUGGUUAGCUUGUGCUAGCGAGAUUAGCUAUUUGCUCCCGUGAGGGCUCAAAUAAACUGAGGUGUGAGAUGAUACUGUA